CGCGUUCGGCCAUUUUGUGGGAGAAGCCGCAGCGCCGCCUCCUGCCUUGGGUCUCCGCCGCUUCUUGGCUCCGACGCCUCCGUCGCCUCCCGCCGCCGCUACCGCUGCUCCAACGCCUCCGUUACCGCUGCUCCGACGCCUCCGUCGCCACCCUCCGCCCGUCUCCGAUUCGCUCCCAGCUGCCUUCCCUUCUUUAUCUCCCCCUUCUUCGCCCCCACAGCCUCCUGACACAGGGUCCUCCCGGGCGCGCCCCGCAGGCAUUUUAUCCCCUCACCGGCCUCUCACUAAUAUCGCAUGUCCACUAUCCAGAACCUCCAAUCUUUCGACCCCUUUGCUGAUGCAACUAAGGGUGACGACUUACUCCCGGCAGGGACUGAGGAUUACAUUCAUAUAAGAAUCCAACAACGAAACGGCAGAAAGACUCUGACUACUGUUCAGGGGAUUGCAGAUGAUUAUGACAAAAAGAAACUUGUGAAAGCUUUCAAAAAGAAAUUUGCUUGUAAUGGUACUGUGAUUGAACAUCCUGAGUACGGUGAGGUUAUCCAGCUUCAAGGUGACCAGAGAAAGAACAUUUGCCAGUUCCUCCUGGAGGUUGGCAUUGUCAAGGAGGAGCAGCUUAAGGUUCAUGGUUUCUAAAAUGGGCAAAAACACAUGGAGUAUUUCUUGAAUAGUUUUGUUCUCUAAGCCAAAUUGGCUACCUUGUGAAAUGAGUCUCUGCAGUAAACGGACUUUUCUUUUAUUUAAUCAUUUAAAGUUCCACUCACAUCUGCAUGAUUACAGAAGACAUGUCUGUAGGCUAGUAACACAUAAGAAAAUUGCAGUAAGAUGGUAACUAAGCCCUUUAUUCAUCCUAACACAUUUCCAAUGGAAAAUAUUUUGUUUUGAGUGUUUAUUGUUCAGUUUAUUUUCACUUGAUUUAAAAAUGUUUUUGUUGUAUUAAACCAUGUAUGUUGCAGCUUAACAAUAAAAAAGCUUAUUAAUACUUUUGCGAGCAGUUAUGCUCCCAAGUUUAAACAAGACCCAAGUUACAAGCACUUUUUUUUAAUACAAACUUUCUGAAAUAAACAGAUUCCUCCUUCA